GCACAGGGCACCAGUGACCAUCUAUUUCCUUCUAUUGACCCUUCACACCAUAGUGGGACAGGAUUCCGGAAACACAUGGGACAUACAGGCGAUCACACUGUCCCUGCUUUCUAUCCAGUUACAGCCUCUGUCAUCAUGGCGAGCCCUAUGCUUCCUGUGUACAGAGCGGACACCCCGGGGGCAGGGGGACCCGCCAGGCAGUGGGCACAGCCCUUCACCCGCGGGUGUCCUUGCCGGCCAUGCAGUCACCUCUACACCAUCAAAGAGAUAGUAAACCUCGUGCUGACCGCAGACCACGCCCCCGGCGCUGAUUGGCCAGUCCCAGGAUACCGGUCCGUAAAAGGGCAGAAUGACCAUAUAUGGGCGGCAGCGCCUCCCCCGGUACAGGCUACGGUGACCUCUGCCUAAAUCCCUGUACACACUGAUAACUGCGCUGACUGAGAACCACGGAGCUGACAGCAUGGUGACCGAAACCGAGAGCCACACACCCGGGCUGUCUCUCCCUCCUCCACUGAAGGAUGCAGGGGAAGCCAUGGAAGGAGACGAUACUACCAAAGAGUCAGAUGGAAAAGUUAACAGCAGUGUAACCCCAGCGGGAAACCCACAGAGGACUCAGGAUCUGUUUAACGUGACUGUUCAGCUACCCGGAGGAGACACGAUUGAAGUACAGGUGUCACCCAAAGAACUUGUUCAAGAGAUUAUCCAGGUAUUGAUGGAACAUGAAGAUUCUUGCCAUAGAACAUGUUUUUCCCUGCAAUUUGAUGGGAAUGUUCUAGACAACUUUUCAGAGCUGAAGUCUGUGGAGGGACUGAAAGACGGUUCUGUUUUAAAAGUAGUGGAGGAACCAUAUACCAUCAGAGAGGCGCGAAUUCACAUACGCCAUUUCCGAGAUUUGCUGAAAAGCCUUGACCUCACAGAUGCUUACAAUGGAGUAGAUUGCAGCUCACUGUCCUUCCUCAGCAGUAUUUCAGAAGGUGAUAUUGGAGAUUCCUGCAGUUCUGAAAAUAAUGGGAAUAAUGGAAAGAAGAAGAAGCGUUCAUCUGCAGAACAAGGGCUGGAUGCCAUAGACUGUUCUCCUCCAGAAUAUAUUCUUCCUGGAAGUGUGGAGCGUCCAUUGCAACCUCUUCAACCAUUCAGCAAUGACAACAAGCCUCCACAAUGUCUGAAAUCAUUGAUUAUGAGUGGCUGGAAUCCCCCUCCAGGCAAUCGGAAAAUGCAUGGUGAUCUUUUGUACCUAACUGUAGUGACUAUGGAAGACCACCACAUUAAUAUCACCUCUUCCAACAGGGGCUUCUACAUCAAUCAAUCAACAGCAGAAGUAUUUAAUCCAAAACCAGCUUCACCAAGCCACCUGAGCCAUAGUAUUGUGGAACUGCUGAACCAGGUCAGCCCAGCUUUCAAGAAGAACUUUUCCAAUCUACAAAAAAAGAGGGUUCAUCGCCAUCCUCUGGAGAGAAUUGCUACUCCUUAUCAAAUUUACACCUGGAUUUCCCCCAGCAGUAAUCAUAUCAUAGACUGCGUGCGGGCCGAAGAUGCAUACAAUUCCCGCUUGGGAUAUGAAGAGCACAUUCCUGGCCAGAUGAGAGACUGGAAUGAAGAGCUACAGACAACUAGAGAACUUCCUCGUGAGGUCCCAGCAGAUCAGCAUCUGCAACAAAGGGCAAACUUUAAGAUCAACUCAGAUUUUGUUGGGGCCUCCACCCGAGGAGCCAUGGCAGUAAUCGAUGGAAACGUUAUGGCAAUUAACCCUGGAGAAGAAACCAAAAUGCAAAUGUAUAUUUGGAACAAUAUCUUUUUUAGCUUUGGCUUUGAUGUAAGAGACCACUACAAAGACCUGGGGGGAGAUCAUGCUGCCCACGUGGCUGCCACCCAUGACUUAAAAGGAGUACAAGCCUACAGUGAUUUGGAAAUUGAAGAACUGUAUGUCUUAGGCACUGUGGUCCUUGAUUACAGAGGAUACAGAGUAACUGCUCAGUCAAUCAUACCUGGAAUAUUGGACCGUAAAGAAGACCAAAGUGUUGUUUAUGGUUCUAUUGACUUUGGUAAAACCGUAUCCACAAAUGUUAAAUAUCUAGCCUUACUCCAGAAAGCCUGCAAACCUCUCAAGAUCAUGAGGCACACUGUGCUAGAUGAGAAGAAUGAGGAAGUGCUUCUGUGUUCUUCUGUGGAGUGCAAAGGAAUUGUUGGUAAUGAUGGACGCCACUAUAUUUUGGAUCUUCUUAGAACUUUUCCUCCUGAUGUAAACUUCUUACCUUUGAAGGAAGAGGAAAUACAGAAAGAAUGUCAAAACCUUGGAUUCCCUAAACCUUAUCGCCACCGACUGUGCGGUUUGAGGCCAGAGCUUUUAGAAAGUUUUGUUCAACACAAGUAUGCCCAGUUUAUGAAGGUUGUAGUGGCCAAGUCAAAUAAUGGAGAUUUACUUCAGCCUGAUGGGAAAGAUAAAGGUAAACCUAAAGAAUUUGAUGAGCUACGGGGCGCAGAUAUUGUAAGAGAAGCUUGCAAAGAGAUUGGCUCUGUCACAGACUAUAUUUUUGAUAUACGGUUCAAUCCAGAUGUAUAUUCACCAGUGGUUAGAUUCCCAGAAUCCCAAAUCCAGGCCCUUCAAGUCCAGAAGCGAUUGCUGAGCGAAGCGGCGAGCUUUAUCCUCACGGUGCAGAUCCCCAGCUUUAUAAAAGCCUGUCUGAAUCAUAUCAUUGUUCCCCUGGAUGGUAAAACACUAAAAGAGUAUCUUCACUCACACGGAAUCAAUAUAAGAUAUUUAGGAACAGUCGCUGGGACGAUUGACAAGAUGCAAGUCCGCUCUUCUCUGGAUCAUCUUUAUAGAAUCAUAAUUAUUGACAUAGUCACACGUUCAGCCAAAAUGAUCCUACGCAGCUAUCUACAGGGAAUAGAGAUGUCGGCUUUGUCAGCUGCAGUCAGUCACUUUCUGAACUGUCUCUUGAGUUCUUACCCAAAUCCUGUGGCUCAUCUGCCUCCCGAUGAGCUGCUUUCCCGUAAGCGCAAGAACAAGAAGAAGAUGCGCUCCCUGGAAAAUGGGGACAGCACAGCCUGGGCCAGUAUGAAUCCGACCGACCUCUGGAAGCAGAUCCAACAGAUUGCUAAAAACAGCUUUGACUUUACACUUUCAUGUGAUUCCGUGGAGCAGUUGGUUGAGAAGUUUACCCUGCAGAAAGUGACGCUGCUUCGGGAGUUCUGUAUGAAGACUGGAGUUCAGAUUUUACUACGAGAAUACAACUUUGAAAGUCGCCAUAAGCCAGCGUUAACAGAGGAAGACAUUCUCAAUAUGUUUCCAGUAGUCAAACACAUCAACAUUAAGGCCAAGGGGGCCCAUGAACUAUUCACCAAAGCACAAAUCAGCAUACAGCAAGGAGCCCUUAAAGAAGGAGUUGUUCUGUUAAAUGAAGCUUUGGCCCAGUUCAACAGUGUGUAUGGUGCUAUACAUCCAGACAUUGCCAUGUGCCUACGUUUGCUUGCCAGGGUCAAGUUCAUUUUGGGAGACGCAACAGAGGCUUUGGAUAAUCAGCAAAAAGCAGUGAUAAUGACAGAGAGGACUUUGGGAUAUGACAGCAGCAGCGCAGUUCAGGACUAUGUGCUCCUCUCACAUUACUGCUUUGCCAGUGGACAAAUACCAGUAGCAUUGAAACUGCUGUAUCGUGCCCGAUACUUGAUGCUGGUCAUAAUAGGUGAAGAUCAUCCCACCAUGGCUACACUGGAUAGUAAUAUUGGUGUAGUUCUCCAAGCUGUUCUUGAAUGUGACUUGUCUCUACGUUUUCUUGAAAAAGCUUUGGAAGUCAAUAAAAAGUACUUUGGACAGAAGUCCCUGGAUGUCGCUUUAAGCCAUCAUUUGAUUGCUCUGGCCUAUACAAGCAAAGUGGAAUUCAGAUCAGCUAUGCAGCAUGAAAAAGAAACAUUCACUAUAUAUAAAGCUUUGCUUGGCGAUUGCCAUGAACGUACUAGAGAAAGCUCUGCCUUCCUGAAACAUGUUACACAACAAGCUGUCAACUUGCAGAGGACAAUGAAUGAGAUCUACAAAAAUGGAUCUAUUACUUCUUUACCUCACGUCCAGACUGUUCCUCCGGGGGUUGACACUCUGUUGCAGCAGCUGAAUCUCCUCAAUGGCAUUUUACGGAUUAAUAUUGGCAUCAUUGAACAGAAACCAAUCCCAAAACAAAAUUCCACAGACAGUGGAGAAGAGACAUUAGAAGAAGAAGGAGCUGAAGACCAAUCCAAAGAUGCCACUGCAGAAAAAGAUAAAACAGAAGACCAACCCAAAGAUGACACUGUAGGAAAAGGUGGAGCUGAAGACCAACCCAAAGAUGACACUGUAGGAAAAGGUGGAGCUGAAGACCAACCCAAAUGUGACAAUGCAGGAAAAGAUGGAGCUCAGGAACAAUCCAAAGAUACCACAGAGAAAAUUGAUGACUCUAAAGACCAAAACAAAAAUGGAGAUGAUGGUGAGACUAAGGAAAGCGAGGAACCAAAGAAUGAAGCUAAAGAAACAAAGGGUCAAGAUGAGGAAGCAACUAUAAAUGGUGAUAUCCAAGAUGAUGCUAAGGAACAGAUUGAUGUAAAACAGGAGACUAUUAUAGCUGAUGGACAAAAUGAAGGACCCAUGGAUGAAAAGACAGAAAAUGGGAUUAAUACUGAUACAGAGCAAAAGGAAAUGAAUGAAAAGUAAAAUAAGAAUAGCAAGAUUCUGGUAUAAAAGACCAACCAAGACUAAUACAUUAGGAAUUCUCCUAACUCACUGAUGAUUAAAGGGCAAAUAACUUUCCAGUUAGCAAAACAAUUGAUUUCUGCUGCCUCUUUUCCAAGCCCAGGCCCAGGAUUUUUGUGAUACUUAUUCAUAUACUAUUAUUUGCUAUUAAUGUUACAUACUGUUAGCUAUACUUUGCAAUGACUGGUUCUUGCAACAGCAAAACACCUUUUUAAACAUUUACUGAUAACUCAAACUCUAUGUGCAUUUAACUCAGGGGUCCUAGAACUAUAUACAUAAUCCAUUAUUUUAACUCUCUUGAAAAUGUAUAAUGUUUUAUUACUAUGUUGUAAGUUACCAAAAAUUGAACAUUCAGUUUUUGGUUAGACUUUUGGAACCCUGCUUUAAGUCAACUGAACAUGACCAUUUUGGAGAUCCAUACUUAGCUGACCAUGACAUUUAAGCAGCACUGUCAUGAGUCACUUCGGGAACAGGGAUAACAAUACAACUGCAUCUAUUGAUGACUAUAAUGUAGUAGUAAUAUCAUGAGUCACCUUAAUGUUACAAAAAGCUGAUAUUCGUUUAGGUCUACCUAAGCCUAGAAUCUUACCUGUUUCCAGUGCCCACCUCUACAUUAACCUGAUGACAUGAUAGUAUCCUGCAUGAUACUGCAUGGCACAGCAUUUUUGGCAGAAUAGAGUCUGAGAAAGGAGCAUAAGGAAGAACUACCCAAGGUGGGUUAAGUGAAAUGAAGCAGGGAACUGCCAUUGCCAUGUACAGUGGUCCCUCAAGUUACAAUAUUAAUUGGUUCCAGGAUGACCAUUGUAUGUUGAGGCCAUAACUCUAUGGAACUCUGGUAAUUGGUUCUGAAGCCCAAAAUGUCAUCCAAAAAUAGGAAAAAGUGAAGAGUAAACAAAAAAUGGUAGAUAACUAAUAUAGAUAUAGCCAGUCUUUACAUAUAAAAGUAAGAAAGAGCUGCUGGAAGCUGUGGCACAGGUAGAGAGUAGUACAGAACAUGUAAUACCUCCCUGUACUGGAGGUGGCGCUACCAGACAGGAAUUCAAUGCAUACACUUCAGAAAGACAGGUGUUUUACCAGUAAAAUGCCCAUUCUGAUUGGUCAGAUCUUCCAGCCAUUGACACGUUUCACCGAUCUGGAUUCUCUGUAGCAUUGUAUGUUGAGUCUGGUUUCAAGUUACAAUGGUCCAGAAAAGACCAUUGUAUGGUGAAACGAAUGUAUGUUGGGGCCAUUGUAAGUUGAGGGAUCACUGCAUUAGGGACAAUCACAUCCAUCAGUUUUACAUAGUAGUAAAACCCAUUGUGGUUAUACUUUGAUCUAUGAACCUUAUUAGGAGCUAAACACCAACAAAGACUCUAAAAAUGUUUAUUGGUUCAAGAUUUUACUGAAUAGAGACUUACAAGGCGAGGUUAAAUGAAAAAUGUCCAGCAGUCGGCCGGCCCUGCGUAUACAAGGCUGCGUACAAAUGAAAGCGGUGGUUUUAAAAUUUGGCAAAUUUUUGGCACAUCUGUGCAAAAGUCUGUCAAUUUGCCAAGUUAAAUUGGGAUACAAUGUGCAUAGGCACCAUGUAAGAAAUACUCCGGAGAGAUAUUUUUUGUCAGCGAGUCCUACUUCUAGCCUUUGGCACACAACCAAUGUCGGAUAUGGUUCAUUAGAAUACCUCCACUGUUCACUAUUAAGCUAAAUAAUCAUGUAUUAUUAUUUUAAUGGUUUUGUUUUAUUUAGAUAAUUUUAAGAACUAGUUUUUAAUAGUUGUUAACAUUACAUUGACAACAUGUGAAGCAACGCAGAGCAAUGUAUUUACCAGGCAGAUAAGAAAAAAAUGUGUUAUAAGGAUAUACAACCAGCCUCAUGUGUAUGUGCCAAUUUAGAUUUGACUCUGGGCUGCAUGCUAUUCUUUGUUUUUAUUUUUGCUGGUUUUACAUACAACAUAAUAUUAAUACUGUGAGUAUGCAUGCAACAUGCAACCAUGACCUUAGGUGUUUUCUCAUUCAUAGGUGCCAAUCACUGAAAUCCCAGUAUUCGCCAGUUAGCAACAGGAAUAGUAAGAACCAGCCAUAGAUUCUCCCAAAAGGGUUAUUCAAUGUAACAUACGGAGAGACCCUGAUACAUGGCAAUUCUCCACUGUGGUUUAUAGAGGUGGGACCAUAGUAGGGGUUCUGUAGUUUUAACUUGUGUUCAUAUUGCACAGCAAGAAAUAGUGUGGUACUCCGUUAUCCAGAAAAGACUGAUGUGAUAUUAAAUACUUAUUUACAGUAAUAACCUAUGCAAAUAGAAUUUUUUAGUUUGGCCAAUAAAAGGUAUCAAUCCUGUAAUACUGUAUUUUAUAUCACGAUUUCUAUGCAUAUGCUUGUAUGAAUAUAUAGACUUAGGCUUGAUUCACACUAGCAAAUUACUCCG